CAUAAGAAAGGAAGAAGAGAAGAGUAGUAUCAUAGUGAAAAGAAAAUAUGUGGAAGUUGAAGAUAGGAGAAGGUGGAGAAAGGUUGAUUUCCUUAAACAAUUUCAUAGGACGUCAACAUUGGGAAUUCGAUCCAAAUGCUGGAACUCAACAAGAACGUGAUGAGAUAGAAAGGCUACGACAUGAAUUCACCAAAAAUCGAUUUUCCAACAAACAAAGUGCUGAUCUCUUCAUGAGAAUGCAGCUCAAAAAGGAGAACCAAUGUGGCCUAAUUCCACCGGCAGUUAAAUUGAGAGAUAAAGAUAUUAUUACUGAGGAAGCAUUGAUUACUACGAUUAGAAGGUCUAUAAGUUCAUAUGCCUCCAUCCAGGCCCAUGAUGGACACUGGCCUGCAGAAGCUGCUGGCUCUUUGUUUUUUGUUCAACCUUUGGUAAUGGCCCUCUAUAUUACAAGAUCUAUUGAUGAGGUUUUAGGUCAUGAACAUAAGAAGGAAAUUGUUCGGUAUUUAUAUAAUCAUCAGAAUAAAGAUGGUGGAUGGGGGUUGCAUAUAGAGGGUCACAGCACAAUAUUUGGAUCUGCAUUGAGCUAUAUUGCAUUGAGAAUACUUGGAGAAGGGCCUGAAGAUGGUGAAAAUAUGGAAAUGGAUAGAGGUAGAAGAUGGAUCCUUGACCAUGGUGGUCUCGUCGGUAUUCCAUCAUGGGGAAAGUUAUGGGUCACGGUACUUGGAGUUCAUGAGUGGUCAGGUUGCAAUCCAGUUCCACCAGAGUUUUGGCUACUUCCCAAAUUCUCACCUCUUAAUCCAGGGAAAAUGUUGUGCUACUGUCGAUUGCUCUACAUGCCCAUGUCAUAUUUAUAUGGGAAGAAGUUUGUGGGCCCUAUCACAGGCCUAAUUAGAUCACUAAGAGAAGAAUUGUAUAAUGAGUCUUAUGAUCAAAUCAACUGGAAUAAAGCCCGAAACACUGUUGCUAAGGAGGAUCUUUACUGCCCACGUCCUCUAGUUCAAUAUAUGGUAUGGGGGUUGCUUUAUCAUGUUGGAGAGCCUUUGCUGAAUUACUGGCCUUUUUCGAAGCUUAGACAUAGUUCAUUACAAAUUGCAAUAAAUCAUAUACGUUAUGAGGAUGAAAAUGGAAGAUAUAUUGGGGUUGGAAGCGCAGUGAAGGCCUUAUGUUUAUUGGCGCAUUGGGUUGAUGACCAAGACUCAGAGGCAUAUAAACAUCAUUUAGCCCGUAUCCCUGAUUUCUUCUGGGUCGCUGAAGAUGGCUUAAAAAUCCAGGGCUUUGGUUGUCAGACAUGGGAUGCAGCAUUUUCUAUACAAGCAAUAGUUGGUUGUAACGUAAGUGAGGAGUAUGGUCGCACACUUCGAAAAGCACAUGAAUUUCUGAAGGCUUCACAGGUGGUUGAUAACCCAUCAGGUGAUUUUAGGGCAAUGUACAGACACAUUAGCAAAGGAGCAUGGACAUUUUCAAUACAAGAUGAAGGUUGGCAAGCCUCUGACUGCACUGCAGUAGGACUCAAGGCUGCACUCUUGUUGUCACAAAUGCCAAGUGAUCUUGUUGGAGAAAAAUUGGAAACAGAGAGAUUAUACGAUGCUGUUAAUGUCAUCCUCUCUCUACAAAGUGGUAAUGGUGGUUUCCCCGCUUGGGAGCCUCAAAAGGCAUAUCGCUGGUUAGAGAAACUCAAUCCAAGUGAAGUCUUUGAAGAUAGCCUGGUUGAGAAGGAGUACGUUGAAUGCACUGGAUCUGCAUUACAAGCUCUUGCUCUCUUCACAAAACUAUAUCCAAAACAUAGAACAAAGGAAAUACAUAACUCCAUUGCCAAAGCAAUCAGUUACAUCGAACACACACAAAAUCCUGACGGCUCCUGGUACGGAUGUUGGGGAAUUUGCUAUUUGUAUGGUACAUGGUUUGCAGUGGAGGGGUUAUCAGCUUGUGGAAAGAACUACCAUAAUAGUCCUUCCUUGCAAAAGGCUUGUAAAUUUUUGUUGUCAAAGCAGCUUCCUAAUGGAGGAUGGGGAGAAAGUUACUUGUCAUGCCAAAACAAGGUUUAUACAAAUCUAGAAGACAAUCGUGCAAAUUUGGUUCAAACUUCGUGGGCUUUGUUGUCCCUUAUUGGUGCAGGGCAGGCUGAAAUAGAAGCUACACCUAUACACCAUGGAAUGAAAUUACUAAUCAAUUCACAAAUGGACGAUGGAGACUUCCCACAACAGGAAUCAACAGGAGCAUUUAUGAAGAACUGCACCACCAACUAUUCAUCAUAUCGAAACAUAUUUCCCAUAUGGGCUAUGGGAAAGUAUCGACAACAAGUAUUGUCUGCACAUACACAACCAAAUGCCACAACUUGACUUCAAUAAUUUUAUUACAAUUUAUUUGAAUUUAUAUUUUCCAAGCUUUUAAAACUUGUCAAUCUAAGCAUAUUCAUUAAGAAAUGUAAUUUGUUGUUAGUAAUGUGUUAAAUAUUUUUCUCAAAUUCAGGUUAGUAAUGUUGAGAAAGUAAACUUUUAUAUUAUUUUGCGAAAGUCAUUA